CAGAAAUCUACAUUGAAUGACGACUAUCUUCUCCAUGUGGUGUAUGAAAGUUGAAACUUGGACCCAGAAAAUCGUCAUUUUAGGCCAGUUUUAGAGGAUUUCGACCACAGGAUGAGGUUAUAGGUCAUUACCAUGGUGUAUGGAAACAUUCCCAGUCACAUCAAGGCACCAGAGGGGGUAGAAUUGAAGCCCUCUAAGGUGGACAGAAGGAUAACUGGUGCCUGGUGUACAAGUGAUGUCAAACAAGGGUCUCUGUUUGGACCAUUUAAAGGUGAAAUUGUCCAGGAACAUGAAAGGAAGAAGAUAGAUUUUAGAUAUGCCUGGGAGGUUUAUGAUUUGGAGACCAGUGAACUCAUUCACAUAAUAAAUGCCACAGACCCUAACAAAGGAGACUGGACCCGCUAUGUCAACUGUGCCCGCUACCUGGAGGAGCAAAAUCUGGUGUCAGUCCAGGAGGGAACACAGGUGUUCUACAAGGCCAUAAGGGACAUACCAGCUGGUGAAGAACUCCUAACUUGGUUUGAGAGAAGUCGCAUAAAAAAGAACAGUAAUUCCAGUAAAACUGAGGCCAGCAAGACCAAAGGUAAAGGUUUUUUUUAUAUUGAAGGUACAACAAGCCCCAAGAAAAAGACCACUAAAAGAUCUAAAUCUGACUCUAGCCUUGGUUUAGGAGAGAAUGUUACGAUAAGUGAAAAACGUCAGCGGAAAAAGAAGAAGAUAUUUGGAGAUGUGGAAGAGGUGUCUCUGGCAGAACUCAUUCCAAAGAAACGAACAAAGCGAAGUGUGGAUUCUCAAGAGUCUGUGACGGAGGAUCCCACAACGGAAGCCAUUACCACUCAGAUCUUCAAUAGUUUGGACGUGGACACGAUCAAGGUCUACAGCACGUCUAAUGGUGGAUCCGAGUUCUUUGAGGCCGAUAAAAAGAAAAUAAAGGAGAUUGAGGAUAAUUGGAAGUACCCUCCAAAAAGGAGGGAAUACCAGUUUGGCUUCUUAAAUCGUAUUGCUACAAGUGUCAAUAACCGCCGCAUGUACAAGUGUAAUAUAUGUGGAGGACUAUAUCGGCACAAAUUCAGCUUAAAGAGGCACUAUCUACGCAAUCACAUCAACUGCCAGUAUCUAAGUAAGGCUGCCAUAACCAACUGCAUGAUAUCAGUGGCCUCUCAGUAUCAUGCAGUAGUUCAGGAAAAUGGAGAAGAAGCUGUGAACAGGAUACAUACGAAUAUUCAUAUAAAACUGGAGGAUGGUGAUACAAAUUACGAUGAGAAGUCUGAUGAUUCUGCUAGUGAAACAGUUGAAGAGGAAUCAUUUACAGACACAGCCAGUAACACUGAGGAAAAUCUUGAUGAGUCCUUAGCUGACAUUAAUCCAGAUGAAAAAUUUACUGAGUCUGGACUCUAUCCAGGAUUAUACAGGUGUAAUGUGUGCAAUAAGCUGUUUGAUAAGGCUCCUGAACUUACAGACCACACAAAGGAACACUCUGAAGUUCCAGAUGCUAAAACGUUUGCUUGUAGUCUGUGCAAUAUGACCUUUAAGUUUAAAAUGAAUCUGGUGCGCCAUCAACUAGUCCAUGAGGGAAAAACUUCUGGGAACAACACAGUAGGAACCAGUAAACAGAAGAUCAAAAUAGAACCAGUUAAUGACAGUGGAGAUCCCAAGCGACCAUUCAUGUGUUCUCAGUGCCCAAUGAAAUUCAAGUAUUCCACAAAUCUGGUCAAGCAUGAAGCUGUUCAUUCAGAUGAUCGCCCUUGCAAAUGCACUGUUUGUGACAAAUCCUUUCCCUCCAUGACGAAUCUGAAGAAGCACAUGAACAUUCACAUCGGCUGUAAGGUGCCAUGUCGUCAUUGUGAGGCAGUCUUCUCUCACGUCGGCGCUCUGAGGAAGCACAUCCGACUUCUCCACCCCACAGUCCACAGGGAGAGGCUUCUGAAGCUAUUGGAGAAGCAGGGAAAGCUGGGAGUUAAGGCUCAGAAGUACCUGGAUAACAGCUACGAAAACGAGAACAGCAAGUCAUCUGACAGAGGGAGCACCUGCAGCAGCUCAAAUGAGGGGGACAAAGAGACAAAGGCUAAAAAAGAAAAGAAGUCCAAGACCAGGAUUGAGGAUGGAAUAGACUCCAGAUUCAAGUUUUCAUGUACAAUUUGUAAGAAGAGAUUCACAGAGUAUGUGAACAUGUGCCGACAUCGUCGUGUUGCUCAUGAAGAACCAGAUGAUGAAAUUAACAGUAAUGUUAACUCGGAAGGGAGCUCAGAGUCAGCCAAUGUGGUAGAGGAGAACCCCGAGCUUAUAGCAGCCUUCUUUGCUAAUGUGGCAUACAAUAUCGCAGAGAACCUGACUUGUUAUCUGGAUGGGGGACAGGAGGCACUGGAGGCCCACAGUAGAAGGGAGGUGGAGGAAGAGGAGGUGGAUGUGGAGAAUGUGGAAGAAGAAAAAAAGGUGGAAGAACCCAGUAAGAUUGCUUUGGACCAGUACAACUUUCCACUUAGUUACAAUCCCAGGUUGUUGCAGGAGAACUUUGAAUAUUGCCCACUAGAUCCAUCAGAGCUAAUGAAGAAGUAUGAGAAAGAAGUGCCAAAUUAUUUUGAUGUGAAUAUUGAUGAGAAUUCUCUAGAUGACCGUGGGCCAGCUCUUUGUACCAGAAGGAGAAACUCCAAAGACAGUAAGGAUGAUAGCAGAGACAGUAUCUGGGGUAACAGAUUUGACAGCAGUGUAACAAACUCUCCAGCCAAAUCAGAAAGGAGUGAAUCUCCCAUGCUGAAGAUUACCUCUGUUUUCUCAGGAAAAGAAGCAGCCAUGCUGGUGCCAGAGACUCCAAAAAAAGAACCUUCUGGUGCAGAAACUAAAGAGGACAAUGGAACAAUUACAAUAGCACCACUGGAAGAUGAAGCAGACAAAACUGGUGACACAAAAGAAAAACUGGGCCAUGAUUCCGAAGAGCAGAACACGAAGGAGGGAGUCACGGAGACAUUGGAAAACGAUGAUAAGAAAGUAAAUGUUAAUGUUAAGCUUGAUCAAAAAGAGACUCCUAAGAAAUCAUCAGAUGAUGAUAAGCCACUAAAUACGGAGAACAAAAUAAAUGAAGAGUUAAAGGAACGUGUUGUAACAAAGGAAUCUUCAGAGAUGAAGUCUACACCACUUAAAGACUCUCAGACUUCAGCAGUGAGUAGUAUAAGUCCCAGUGACAUUAAUGGGAACAGAAAACAAUCACAAGAAAGUACAGAAAAAACAGAGAAAUGUGUGAAAUCUGAAGGUGGUGACCAGAGCUUAGAGGAGAACCAGCAAAACGGUGAAAGUGAGCAUCUCCCAAGAAGGCAUAUAUUUAAAAUCAUGGAGUAUAGUAAACUGAAGAAAGGUGGCUUAACAGUGAUCUGUCACAGUGAUCUCCAGAAAGCUGAAAAGAAUAAAACAGGGAAAGAAGAUAAUAAGACUGAUUCUGUGUUGCAAAAACAAAAUGAUGAUGUCAAUUUGAAUGGUCCUAAAGCCUCAGCUGAUUAUAACUCCACAGUAGGUAUGAAUGUUGGAGAUGGGUCAGACAGCAAGCCAAAGAUUGAGGACACUGGCAGUGAUGACAGUAAUUCUGGAAUCUUACUAGUGGACCUGUUCACGGACUCAGACUCAGACCAAACAAAUAACAAAGACCAUGACUUGAUGCUGCAGGGACUUGAUUUGGCCAGAGGAACUAAGGGCAGAACUGAAGAGAAAAAGCCAAAGUCUUCCAGUGCAGGCAACUCUCCUCAAAGAAGUCCACUCUACAACUAUGAGACCAUCAUGUUUGGCAAGCUGGGAGACACAGCUUAUGUGUGCUCUGUCUGCAAGAGACACUAUCCAGACUUUGAUAGGUUACUCCGACACCAGUGGAAGAAGCAUCCAUCUAUCUACUGUGACUUCAUGGAAGUGGAACAAGGACAUGAGAUAGAGAGUCUUUACUACUCCAAACCAUGCAAUAGAGGGUUACUAGGGUCAUCUGGAAAAGCCUUGGAGAGAGCUAUUAAUAGACCAUCCUACACAUGUACUCGAUGCAGAGGGUCAUUUAAAAGUGUGGACAGACUCCGAGUUCAUAUCAUUAACUGUGCCACUCCUCAACCAUCUCCCAAAAAGAAGAAAUCAUACUACAAACGUAAAACACCAAUUAAAACAGAAAACGGGGAGUUUGAGAGUCCAUCCAAACUACCCAGUCAAGUGAAUAUUAAGGAGCUUAAUUCUAGAAUGAAGGAACUUUCUGCUAAAAGUGACAAGGAGGAAGACAAGGUUGUCAGAGCAGAAUCUGUGAACUCGGAGGAAGUGGGUCCGGAGCAGAAAACAGUGAGUGAAGUCAGCGAGAGACCCACCACUCCAGUGGAGAAGAAAAAUAUUGUCCAGAAGAAAGUUGGGGUAGAGAAAAGAACCACCCCAGAGAAGAAAGUUACUCCAGACAAGAAAACCAUUUCUGAGAAGAGAGUCACCCCUGAGAAGGUAGAAUUAGUUGAGGACAAAAUGGAGGCAUCUCAGGAGAAGAAAGUUAAUGAGCAGAAGACACUGAAGCUUCCAUCUAUAAAACCUAAUGAGAAGAAAAAAAUGGUGGAAAAGAAGAUAAAUAUACAAGUUAAAGGUAAAAGUGCUAUAACUAUGAAGUUUAAAGGCAAAGCAGCUGGGAAAUCUGUUUCACCAGUAAAAAUCAAAACUGAACAAAGCAAGGCUGUAAAAUUGAUGAAGGUGUCGGAGAACAUCCAGCAGAAAAAGUCUAGGAGAAAACGAGAUUUUGUGAUCUACAAUCCAAGAAAUCAUAUCCGUCGACGAGAAUUUUCAGAAGUCCUAGAUAAACAACAGUGCAAAGGCUGUGGGGUAAAGUUCAAAACCAUCUCUCUGUUAGAGAGACACGUGAAAAAAUGUGACGAGAAGGAUAAGUUCAAGGACAUCAAACUGAUCAAAUCUAAUGUUAAUGAAGUAUUUCAUCAAAAACAAAGACACACUUGCUUUUAUUGUAACAAAGGUUUUAUUUAUCCCAAAUCUCUGAUGAACCACUUCAAGGCUUUCUGUUUAGUAAAGAAAGAAAGAGGAUCAAAUGGGGUGCUCUCGGAGGAAGACAAAGCCACAGAGGCUGUGUUGAUGAAGCGACUUAUUCAACAAGAGGAGGACAGAAAAAUUACAACAGAAGAGUUUGAUAUGCCUGGACGUAAAAAGGGGGGUUGGCCUCGUGGAAAGAAGAGGAAACACAGGCGGAAGAACCAUUCCUGGACAAUUAUUAAACAGAAGAAGCCAUCUUCCAGUGAGGCAGACAUUGGGGUUGCUUCUGUUCAAGAGCUUGACAUGGAAGCAUCCGAGAUGGAACGCAGACCGCAAGAAACAGCUAAAGGUAACAUGAAAUCAAAGAAAAGUAUUAAAUCUCAAGACGUUAAGGAACAAUCAAAACAAGUGACCAAAAGUUCACAAAAAGGAGGAAGCAAGAGGGAUGCUCUUACUGCUUCUACACACAAAAGUGGUACAUCAAAGGGAGUGGCCAAAGUUGUUUCUGAUUCAGCCUCAAAAGGCAAGAAAGGGAGUGAAAGCAAUGUUAAAAAAGAAGUUGGUCCAAAGGCUGGUAAGAAAUCCUUAUUGACAUCCUCACCAGAUGAUAAAGAGAAAUCCGAGAAAGAUGGAAUAGAGCCACCAAGAAAGAGGGGAAGAAAGAAAAGUGUCAAGGAAGACAGCAAUGAUAUACAGAAUCCUGGACAGAAUGAAGAAGUGAAGGCUAAGAAAGUGAAGAUAGAAGAGAAUUCAACUGCAUCUGAUGGCAAACAAAACAAGGAAACCAAGAAACCUAAGAAGGUCAAAAGUGAUGGCACAACCAAAGAGAGUAAAAAUGACUUGGAAGACAGUGCAGAAAAAUUACAGACAGAUGCAGGUGAAGGAGACGAAUCAACAAAAGAAUCAACUCAGAACAGCGAAGGAAAAAUGAAGAAAGGGAAGAUUUCUUUUAAUAAUCCAGACAUGAAGUUUGUGACUAUGAAAAAUAUUGUAAAGAAAGGUGGGGGAGGGGGGACACCCAUCAAAACUGUUGAGAAAGAGGUGGAAGAAGCGAGUGAAAAAGUGUCUCCCAGCAAACUUACAUUCCAUAUUUAUGACUCAAAUAGCUUCACAAAGAAGAAAACCACAACUGCCUUAGGGCCAGGUUUGGCUAAGAAAUUCCACAUAAUGCAGCCCAAGGAUUUUGUAGGGAAAAGUACACAGGGUGAGGGUAGUAUUAAGGUUGGGGAGAAGGGAAAGAAAAGUGGGGAGGGAGAACAAUCUAUCCAGGGAGGGAAAGGAACAGUUAUAGUGAGGGGUGGUCCAAAGAGAGUGGUAGUCGGGGAGACAGGGGGUCAGGAAACGCAGGAGGGUGGGGAGGAGGGAACAGAGAAGAAAUCCACGGGGUCCAAUAAAAUAAAGGGGAUAGUAAACAGAAAACCAGACAUGUUACAGUUCCAUCAGGUGGAUGUGGCAGCCAUGAAGAACAAGAAGGGGAGCAAGGGUCUCAAGAAAACGUAAACUUAGUGUUGUCAAAUACAUGUACUGCAAUAAUUCUGAAUUAGUGUGAGAGGAUGUGUGUGUAUUGUGAUUUGUCAGAGAACAUGCAAGAUAAUUAACAGAUAGAGCAGACUUUCUUUUAGUACUUGUGUUCAUUUUUACCUUGGUGCUCUUAUUAGUAGUUUGGCCUUUAGCUGCAAUCAAAAUAAUUCAUUAUGAAUUCUUUGCAAAUAUGAAUAAACUUAGUGUGUGAAAUCAUUUUUAUUCAUAUUUCUCGGUUUGUUUGUUUG